AUGUCGCGGUCCUUCUACGUGGACUCACUCAUUAUCAAGGACUCCUCGCGGCCCGCACCCUCGCUGCCGGAAUCGCACCCAGGGCCGGAUUUCUUCAUCCCGCUAGGCAUGCCCUCCCCGUUGGUGAUGUCAGUGUCCGGGCCUGGCUGUCCGUCCCGCAAAAGCGGCGCUUUCUGCGUGUGCCCUCUUUGCGUCACCUCGCACCUGCACUCCUCUCGCCCGCCCGCAGGAGCCGGUGGCGGAGCUACGGGGACCGCAGGGGCUGCGGUGGCGGGCGGGGGGGUGGUUGGAGGCACCGGCGCCCUACCUUUGCUCAAGAGCCAGUUCUCUCCCGCUCCUGGGGACGCGCAGUUUUGCCCACGGGUGAGCCACGCACACCAUCACCACCACCCGCCCCAGCAUCACCAUCACCAUCACCAGCCCCAGCAGCCAGGCUCGGCUGCAGCGGCGGCCGCGGCGGCGGCGGCGGCAGCUGCUGCGGCGGCGGCCCUGGGACACCCGCAGCACCACGCACCUGUCUGCGCCGCCACUACCUACAACGUGUCGGACCCACGGAGAUUCCACUGCCUCACCAUGGGAGGCUCUGAUACCAGUCAGGUACCCAACGGCAAAAGGAUGAGGACAGCGUUUACCAGCACGCAGCUCCUGGAGCUGGAGCGAGAAUUCUCUUCCAAUAUGUACCUGUCCCGACUCCGGAGAAUCGAGAUCGCCACAUACCUGAACCUGUCAGAGAAGCAGGUGAAAAUCUGGUUUCAGAACCGUCGCGUGAAGCACAAGAAGGAGGGGAAAGGCGCUUCGAGGAACAAUCACACAAGCUGCAAGUGCGUGGGUAGCCAGGCGCACUAUGCGCGCUCUGAGGACGAGGACUCCUUGUCCCCGGCUUCGGCUAACGAAGACAAGGAGAUUUCCCCCUUGUAA